GUUGCAGCUCGUGACCACUGUCCGCAGGGGCCAGUGAAAGCGGGAAAGGAAAUGGAGGGGAACACCUUGAUUUUGUGCUUGAGAAAAAGUGAAAUCCUGUGUUGAUGCUUCUUACCAUCGUCCCAAACUCUUCGGCCAGGAUUGGAACAGUUGUGGGACACCACUGCUGAGUCAGGAAGGAAGUUGAGAGAAGAGUCCAGAUUCCAAAAGCAGCAAUCAAGUUUCUCCUUUGAGAUUUAGAAGAAGAUCCUGAUGGAGGAGGAUUAUACCCAGAGAGAGGAGCCCAAGCAAGAGGGAACUGGUGACGUGCGAAUCGAUUCCAGCAAGAUCAUGGCAGAGCAUAGCCACGUGCAAAAGCAGCUUGAUUUACAAAAUGGUAGCUUAGAGGCAGGCUUUGUGACAAAUUCCCUGGAAGACGAUUCCCAAAACGUGAUGGAGAGCCUGAGCCCCAAGAAAUACUCUUCCAGUCUGAGAUUUAAAGCCAAUGGAGACUAUUCUGGCUCUUAUUUAACCCUCUCACAGCCUGUGCCUACUAAGAGAAGCCCUUCCCCUCUGGGAACGAGUGUCAGGAGUAGCCCCUCCCUGGCCAAAAUCCAAGGAAGCAAGCAGUUCUCCUGUGAUGCAACUGACAAAAGCCUUUCCCUGAAACCACCUACCCCUCUACUCAGCACCUCCCCGUCCCUGAGCGGGUAUCCACUUGGGAGAGCGGACUUUGAUCAUUAUACCGGCAGGGACAGUGAAAGGUCCUUGAGGCUCGCAGAGAAGCCUCCCUAUUCCAAAUAUAGCUCAAGGAAUAAAUCCCAUGACAAUGUCUACUUUCUCGGGGGGCUAGAAGGCCGAAAGGCGUCCGGUUCACUCCUGGCCAUGUGGAAUGGAAGUCCCCUGAGCGACACCGGCUUCUCUCCCAUCAGCAGAUCGGGGGCGGCAAGCAUGCCUUCAAGCCCAAAGCAAGCCAGGAAAAUGAGCAGCCAGGACAACCUGACACUUCAGCCCAAGUUGACCCGACACAAGGAGCCGGCAUCUGAAAGCAUGGGUUUAAGAACUAGGAAGUAUUCGGGCAGCAGCCUGAGUCACAUGGGGGCCUACAGCCGCUCUCUCCCCAGGUUACACAGGGCCACAGACAACCAGCUGACACCCCUCACUUUGCCUCCCAGAAACUCCCUGGGCAAUUCCAAACGAGCGAAACUGGGGGAAAAGGAUCUACCUCACAGCAUCGUAGACAAUGACAAUUACCUGAAUUUCUCUUCUUUGAGCUCAGGGGCUUUACCCUAUAAACCCUCGGCUUCUGAGGGCAACCCUUAUGUAAGUUCCACCCUCAGCGUCCCUGCCAGUCCUCGAGUGGCUCGGAAGAUGCUUCUGGCCUCCACCUCCUCCUGUACCUCCGAUGACCUUGACAGGGCUUCCUAUCCGGGGCCCGGCCCUGGUCAUCUGUUUCCUCCUGGAGAGCCGGACAGAGUCUUCGCCACCAGGAGGAACUUCUCUUGUGGAUCUGUCGAGUUCGAUGAUGCGGAUCUGGACAGCCUCAGACAGGCCUCAGGAACCCCCCAGCCUGUCCUUCGGGAAAGGAAAAGCAGCAUCAGCUCCAUUUCAGGCCGCGAAGACCUGAUGGAUUAUCACCGGCGGCAGAGGGAGGAGAGACUCAGGGAGCAGGAAAUGGAGCGACUGGAGAGACAGCGUCUGGAGACGAUCCUCAGUCUCUGUGCUGAAUACACAAAGCCCGACAGUCGCUUGUCCACUGGCACCACCGUGGCAGAUGUGCAGAAAAUCAAUAAGGAGCUCGAGAAGCUGCAGCUCUCUGAUGAGGAGUCUGUGUUUGAAGAAGCCCUGAUGAGCCCUGAAACCAGAUACAGGUGCCACCAGAAAGGCUCUCUCCAAGAGACGGACUUGGCGGUCUUCGGGGGCGUUGGUCAGAGCAGCGCCAGCUUCCUUUCCUCCAGGAGCAUCAGGAAUGAGGACCUGCUCAGGGACCUCACGUCUGCCUUCCUGAAACCUUCCAACGAGUCCGCUUAUCUUAGUAUCCUACCGAAGACCCCAGAGGGUAUAAACGAAGAACAAAGGAUUCAGGAGUUGGCAGCAAUGGAAGAGACCCGGAUAGCAAUUCUCAAUAACCUCGAGGAACUUGAACAAAAAAUCAAAGAUAUAAAUGACCAGAUGGAUGAAUCUUCCAGAGAGUUGGAUAUGGAAUGUGCUCUUUUGGACGGAGAACAGAAAUCUGAAACAACUGAACUUAUGAAAGAGAAGGAGAUUUUGGAUCAUCUAAACCGGAAAAUAGCCGAACUGGAAAAGAACAUUGUCGGUGAAAAGACCAAGGAGAAGGUAAAGCUUGAUGCUGAAAGGGAAAAACUAGAGAGGCUUCAGGAGCUUUACUCCGAGCAGAAGACCCAGCUGGACAAUUGUCCUGAGUCCAUGAGGGAACAAUUACAACAACAACUGAAGAGGGAUGCUGACCUGUUGGAUGUAGAAAGCAAACACUUUGAAGACUUGGAGUUCCAGCAGCUUGAACACGAGAGCCGCCUGGAUGAGGAAAAGGAGAACCUGACCCAACAGCUCCUGCGCGAAGUAGCUGAAUAUCAACGGAACAUUGUUACCAGAAAGGAAAAGAUUUCUGCCUUGAAAAAGCAAGCCAAUCACAUUGUUCAGCAGGCUCAGAGAGAACAAGACCAUUUUGUAAAAGAAAAGAAUAAUUUAAUAAUGAUGUUGCAAAGAGAAAAAGAAAAUCUUUGUAAUCUGGAAAAGAAAUACUCCAGCCUCACUGGGGGGAAAGGGUUUCCUGUCAACCCCAGUACUCUAAAAGAGGGCUAUAUCAGUGUAAAUGAAAUUAAUGAGCCAUGUGUCAAUUCCACGAAUCUAUCCCCUUCCUCUCAGUUCCCUGCUGAUGCUGAUGCUGUUGCCACUGGGCCUCCCACAGCUGUGCCGGUGAGCCAGCCACAAAAUAAAGAGCAAAGAUCACCUGUCUGUUCUGGAUUUAUGUUUCCUUCCACCCUUUCUCCUCAUCCUAUCACUCAACCUCCAUCAGCCCCUUGGCCCGAAGUCCUGGCUCCAUCUGUCGAUCCUUUCCCUUUAAAUGACACACCUCCUCCUCUACCAGCUAAGAAACACAGAAGGCAGCCACAGCAGCAGGAGCAACAGCAUUUUAGAAGUCUGGAAGAAAGGAAAAAACAGCAUAAAGAAGGCCUCUAUCUGAGUGACACUUUGCCUCGAAAGAAAACCACACCUUCCAUAUCCCCACAUUUCAGCAGUGCUACUAUGGGGAGAAGCACCACCCCAAAGGCCCACCUGCCCCUGGGACAGAGCAACAGCUGUGGCAGCGUGCUGCCUCACUCCCUGGCAACCAUGACCAAAGACUCAGAAUCUCGGAGGAUGCUCAGAGGGUAUAAUCACCAACAGAUGAGUGAAGGACAAAGGCAGAAAUCUUCUGAAUUUUACAACCGCACGGCAUCCGAAUCAAAUGUCUACUUGAACAGUUUCCACUAUCCCGAUCACAGCUAUAAGGACCAGGCCUUUGAUACUUUGAGCCUAGACAGCUCUGAUAGCAUGGAGACCAGCAUCUCUGCCUGCUCACCUGACAAUAUCUCUAGUGCCAGCACUUCAAAUAUUGCCAGAAUAGAAGAAAUGGAGAGACUUUUGAAGCAGGCGCAUGCGGAGAAGACUCGGCUGCUUGAAUCCAGGGAACGGGAAAUGGAAGCCAAGAAACGAGCUCUGGAAGAAGAAAAACGACGCCGAGAACUCCUGGAAAAACGAUUGCAGGAAGAAACUAGCCAGCGGCAGAAGUUAAUUGAAAAGGAAGUAAAAAUAAGGGAGAAACAAAGGGCACAGGCCCGACCUUUGACACGCUAUCUGCCCGUCCGGAAGGAAGACUUUGAUUUGCGAAGCCACGUAGAGACUGCCGGCCACAAUAUCGAUACCUGUUAUCAUGUAUCGAUCACAGAGAAGACCUGCCGAGGAUUCCUUAUCAAAAUGGGUGGAAAAAUUAAAACUUGGAAAAAACGAUGGUUUGUGUUUGAUCGGAACAAGCGCACAUUCUCUUAUUAUGCAGACAAGCAUGAAGCUAAAUUAAAAGGAGUAAUAUACUUCCAAGCCAUUGAAGAAGUGUAUUAUGAUCACCUCAAGAAUGCUAAUAAGAGUCCUAACCCAUUACUCACCUUCAGUGUCAAGACGCAUGACAGAAUCUACUAUAUGGUCGCGCCAUCGCCGGAAGCCAUGCGGAUCUGGAUGGAUGUUAUAGUUACUGGCGCAGAAGGUUACACCCACUUCUUGUUGUAGCGAACUGGCGCCAACAGUGUACUUCCGGGCAGACUGCAAUAGUCUCUUACAAGAAUGAAGCCAUAUUCAGUCCGGGAUGGAGAGACCCGGACCCACAGGCCCAUCCCUUUAACUGUGUAUACUCAGAACUCCUUUUUACAUUAACAGGAAGUCAUUUGUAAAAGAGAAAAAGGGGGGUUGAAUUCAAAGUUUGACGACAAGUAGCGAAAGGAUUGAAGCACCUGUGAGAAAGAAAACACUAUUUUGGUAAAUAGCAUCAAUUAUAGGAACACUUCUUAUAAACUGUUUUUUAUCAAUUGUUUACUUUGGUGAAAUAAACUGAACAGUUUACAAAAAUGUAUGUACUUGGAAAUAUGAAAUUAUUUUAGCACCCAAAUUAUUGGCAUUGACAUUAUUCGUUAAUCAACUGACGUUUUAAAAACCAUUUUGCUGAAGGUUAUUUUGUAAGUAGAAGCAAAUAAGGGGUUGGGGGAGAGUUUUAGGAGUUUUGCCCUAAUUAUUAAGUACUGCACCUAAACCAAAGACUUGACGUGACUUCUGUUUAAUAGUGGUAGUUUCAAGUGAUGAACUGUAUUUGGUGUUACUCUACAUUUUAAAAUGGUACUUUGAUGCCAUCAGUUGCCCAGGAAGUUGACUCUGGAGAGUUACCACUGGCAUAAGCGACUGUACAUAUAUAGCAAAUCACUUGUUGUAAAAGAAGAAAAAACAAAAAGUUGUGUGUUUUAGACAGAAGCAGUCUUAUUAGACAGACAUUCUGUCACUUGGAGCGAUUAAAAAUAAAGAGACUAUUUCAUGUUUUGCUAAAGAUUUCUCCAUUCCCGGUGCUGAGAAUAAAGGUAGCCAGUAGCCGAUUUCCUUAGGUUGUCUGUUUGCUCUUUAUCGUGGAACACACCUCUUUUCGCAGCCUCACGUGACAUAACGAUGAAACCAGAGCCCUAUUUUCACCAAAGAACAGACCAGUGAAAAUACUUACUUACAGAAGUAAUGUUAUAGAACAAGGAAAAUGAACUCCAACUUAAUGUUCUCUGUAAUGUACUAUUUUAUUAUGUAUUUCUUUACAAUUAGCUUUAGUUUUUUUAGAGUUAAGUUAAUUUUUCUUGAAUGAAAUGACUUCAGGCAAGUCUCUUUUAUAACAGUUUUUCAAAUGCCGCUUAUCCUGGUCUGUCAUGUUGUGUGUAUUUGUAAGUAUGAACGUAUUCUUUCCUAGAAGUUUGCAAAUGAAUAGAAGUAGAGAAUAAUUAAUGGCUUUGCUUACUAGUACAAGGUGAAAUGACUAUAUUGGAAGUGUCCAUAACAUCUUGAUCUGGCCUGACUGGGUACAAUGUUUAAAAAUUUGCAUUCUGGUUUGCACACAUGUAUACACGUUGCCAAUAAUAAGAUUUUGCAACUGGA